AGGCUGAUCCAUACUCCUAGUGACUGGCCCGGCCCGAGCCGCGCCGGUGUGAGCUUGAAAAAGCGCGAAGCAGAACGAACGCAGCAGCAACGAUGUGCCAUGCGGUUGUUGGGAUAGCGCCCGGUGGGGCAGCCAUUUCACGCUUUAUCAGGCACUAACGAUCGAUUGUUUCUGCAUUCUAUCGGGUGCUUCCGUUCAGUGCUGAGGUGUGCACCCGUCGCCGCCGUAGUGUAGCCAGUCGCUGCGAGUAACCCAACUAGCCCGGCAGUAGCAGUAGCAGUAGUUACGCGGAUUACAUCCAUUCAGCCACUUUGGCGUUGUGCGCGGUUCAAUUGCGGUGCGGUUCCUGGUUCACUUUGAUCGUUUUUUUUUUAGUUCCGUUUCAAUGACGGUGCACAUGUUGAGGGAAAUGAGAUGCCAAUAUUAAACAGUAAAAAUAAUUCUAAAAAAAAUACUACAUCUUUCAAUUAGUAAGUGACCACGCUAUUCGUUUUGAGGUUGAACCCCGCAGUGCAGUUCAGUAAAUUAAACAGAGACAGGACGCCGAAAAAGCUACAGGAACAAUAUGGGUACAGACAACAACGCCACCGUAGACAGGAAACCGUCGGUAGAGUCCAACGGUGGGGCAAAAGAUUUGGAACAGAUGAAAUCAUACAGCGGCGGUGCCGAAGGAAAAGCUCCGAGCGGAUUUGGCGCACGCCAUGUACAAACUUUACUGCUAUUCUUUGGCCUCACGGUGGCCUACGCACUGCGCGUCAACCUGUCCGUCGCUAUCGUGGCCAUGGUCGAUCGGCAUGCCGCCAACAAGGACUUUGAGGAGUUCGACUGGGACGAGCGCACGAAAUCGUACAUCCUGAGUAGCUUCUUCUGGGGCUACGUCGUGACGCAGAUACCGGCUGGUCAGUUGGCCCAAAGAUUUGGACCGAAAAUACUGAUGCUGCUAUCGUUAGCUAUCUGCUCUGCGCUCGCUGUCCUAACGCCAUUGUGUGCGCACCUUGGUAAUGCGAAGGCCGUCAUUGCGUUGCGAAUCAUUCAGGGAUUGAGCCAGGGUUUCAUCUUUCCUUCCACCCACACGAUGCUUUCCCGGUGGGCACCAGCAUCCGAGCGCGGCCGGCUGGGAACGUUAAGUUAUGCUGGCGCCCAGUUCGGUACCGUGAUAAUGCUUGCCGUUAGUGGUGUGCUCGCUUCGUCCAGUCUUGGUUGGCCAGGUAUUUUCUACAUUUCCGGUGCCGCUGGGCUAGCAUGGUCCGUUGCGUGGUUCUUCUACGGUAGCAACUCACCAGCCGACUAUCGAGGGAUUGCACCCGAGGAGCGCGAGUUUAUCGAAAGCUCGUUCGGACCGCAGGACCAUAGUCGCCGCAUCGUAACGCCAUGGAUGGCCAUCUUAACCUCCGCACCGAUGAUUGCACUCACGAUCGCCCACAUGGCCCAUAACUGGGGCUUCUGGACGCUGCUCACCGAGAUGCCGACCUACAUGAAGGAGGUGCUGGAGAAGGACAUCAAGAAGAACGCUCUGCUCUCCUCGCUGCCGUAUCUCGUGAUGUGGAUGCUGAGCUUUGUAUUCAGCCCACUGUCCGAUUUCCUCGUCAAUCGAAACUAUCUGUCGCGUGUCGCUGGACGAAAGCUAUUCAAUACCAUAGGCCUUUGGAUACCGAUGGUGGCAUUGCUUGGCUUAGCCUUCGUACCGAAGGGUAGCUCCGAUUUGGCGGUCGUUCUGCUAACACUCGCUGUCGGUAUCAACUCCGCAACCUACCUUGGCUUCCAAGUGAAUCACAUUGAUCUCGCACCGAACCACGCCGGUACGAUGAUGGGCAUUACUAACUGUGCAGCCAACAUAAUGUCCAUCAUAGCACCGCUCAUCGUUGGUGAAGUGAUAACAGAUGCGAGCGAUCCCAUACAAUGGCGUCGAGUGUUUUACAUAGCGGCUGGCAUUUACUUCUUUGGUAAUCUGACUUUCAUCAUCUUUGGCAAGGCCGACAUUCAACCGUGGAAUGAACCACAAUCGCCACUCCCUCGUACACAAUCGAAUGCAAAUGAUACUGAAGCAGUGCGGAACACUAGCAAUACGGCCGCCAACAACCCAAAUCACAGUGACUAACAAACUGCUGACGCAAUGAGCUUUGUGUAAUGUGUCUAGUCCCACCGAAACACAAGUGGUCAGACUACAACAGCUGGUGGUCCCUCUUCCAAACUCAAACGCCAGCGCCGUUUGAGCUUAACAUUAGUGAUUAUAAACGCUGUAUCGCGAAGAGGGCUUUAAGCGAAACGAAACGAAUUUGAUUACACUGUCAAUUGGAAUCGAAAAACAGGGACAUCUUACUUUACGGAAGGAGCUACAAAGUACAAGCGCUUGAGAAUGACGAUUUAGUGUGUUUCGUAUCCUAUAAUAAAAAAGGCUCGUAGGGACAUAAGAGA